CAGUCUCCACCGCAAACCACUCUGUCUCUGCUACGGCUAAAGGUAUUUCCUUUCUCUUUUGGGGUUUGUAUAAAUCUUUCAAUUUCUUCUCUUUUGGGAUUUUGGGGGGUUUUCUUUUAAAUUCUGUGAUUAAUCCAAGCAGAUAAAUAUUUGACAGUUUCCAUGAUAAAAAAGUUCAUAUGGUCAUGAUCCAGCCAUACAAAAAAGUUAAUGUCUUUUCUCUGAACCAGAAGAAGAAUUGAAGAAGCAAUGGUACGAAAUAAAAAGAGGGAUAGGAUCAGCAAUCUACCUGACCUUCUCGUCUCCCAUAUCCUUUCCUUCCUCACUACCAAAGAGGCUGUGGCCACAAGCAUUUUAUCGAGCAGGUGGAAGACUCUCUGGACUCUUGUCCCCAAUCUCGACUUGGAUGAAGAUGAAUUUGAGUGGAUAUUGUCAGAUGAAAAGCAAAAUCGUAAAAGAAAAAAGCGGGUUUGCCGAAGCGGUUUUACAUUUGUGCAGAUUGUCUCUAAGAUCUGGGCUCUUCGCAAUGCAUAUCCCCUACAAAAGUUUUACCUCAACUGGCUUUAUGAUUGUGACCCAAUACAUGUCGAUAAGUGGGUCAGCACUGCAAUCACAAGUGUCUUGGAAGAGCUCACUCUUAACAUUUGUCCUCACCUACCUUUCGACAUUCCCAGUACCCUUUUUAAUUAUUGUAAAACAUUGGUGGAUCUGAGACUACAUGGCAAUAUUAUUGUUGAUCCUCCGCCUUCAUCCCUCGGCUUCCCAAGUCUCAAAAUUUUGCAUCUUCUUGGAGUCCAGUAUGCCAACCACGACUCUUUCUCAAGAUUCCUCACUUGCUGCCCGAUACUCGAAUAUUUGUAUUUAAAAGUGAUUGAAAUGGACGAGGAAUGCAAUUUUAUAAUCACUCUACCUACAUUGAAAAGAUUAGAUUUAAAUAUGCAAGAUUUCUUAUACAAACUUGAGAUAAACGCCCCAGCUCUCGAGUAUCUAGAAUUCGUGGGUUUUCUGCAUAAAGUCGUAUUGUUGGAAAAUCUGUCCAAUUUAGUUAAAGCGGUCCUUUUUGUUUCUUAUGACUCUGAAGUAGGUGAUACUGAAGAUUAUGGAAAUAGGGUAAUGGACUUCAUCAGAGCACUCUAUAACGUUAAAUCCCUGCAUUUGGGCUCAUUCACCACAGAGUACCUUUGCAAUGUUCCUGAAUUUGAUCCUCCCAUGUUUCAUAAUUUGGCUUUCUUUAAUUUUGAUUUUCAUUGUUGUAUACCGCAUGUGUUACCACUCUUGCUUCAACGGGCUCCUCAGCUUGUAGUACUGACCUUAAAUAGAGACAAAGGUCACCUUCAUUCUACUAGUGAGCAAGAAUCUCUUAAAUGGAAUUUCUCUGAGUAUGUUCCUAAAUGUUUGUCAUCCCACCUUACAGCUCUUCAGUUUAAAGGAUUUAAAGGGCUAAAGGAUGAGCUGGAACUUAUUGGACAUAUCCUGCAGAUGGCAAGAGUCUUAAAGACAAUGACGCUCUCUUCUGAUCCUUCAAUUGAAAAAGAGAAGAUUCGUGUUCUCAAGGAAUUAGUAAUGUUCCCCAGGCAUUCUAGCACUUGUCAAAUUACAUUUAACUGAUGUGCACUUCCUUCACUGUCAUUAGCAGCCAUUUUUAUUGGUGGUCCCCCCUUGACUUUUUCUUCUUUCUAUGAAAUACUGUAUGUUUGUUCUGUGUCAAUGUGUGAAUGUGCAGUGCUGCAACUCUAAUUGGUGUACUGUGUGCAAAUUGUGUUAUCUUUGUGUGAGAUAUUGAUGAUAUAAAAGAGAAUUACGUGUUUGUA